AUGAGCGUCGCCAGCUCGCAGGAUGACGAGGAUGCUUUUAAAAUACUAAUUGCAACUGAUAUCCAUCUUGGGUAUUUGGAGAAGGACCCAGUACGUGGAAAUGAUACCUUUGUAACUUUUAAUGAGAUCUUGGAGCAAGCUCAGAAAAAUGAAGUGGACUUUGUUUUAUUAGGUGGGGACCUUUUUCAUGAAAACAAACCUUCCAGAAGAACAGUACACUGCUGUCUAGAGUCACUAAGGAAAUACUGCAUGGGUGAUCGUCCUGUUCACUUUGAAAUUUUGAGUGAUCAAGCAGUUAAUUUUCAUUUUAGCAAGUUUCCAUGGGUGAACUAUCAGGAUGGAAAUCUCAACAUUUCUAUUCCGAUUUUUAGUAUUCAUGGCAAUCAUGAUGAUCCCACGGGGGUAGAUGCACUGUGUGCAUUGGAUAUUUUAAGCUGUGCAGGGUUGCUGAACCACUUUGGACGUUCAUCUUCUGUAGAGAAAAUAGAUAUUAGCCCCAUUUUAUUGCGUAAAGGCAGAACAAAAAUUGCACUCUAUGGCCUAGGAGCCAUUCCAGAUGAGAGAUUGUAUCGUAUGUUUGUCAAUAAACAAGUAACCAUGCUGAGACCAAAGGAAGAGGAGGAUAGUUGGUUUAACUUGUUUGUGAUUCACCAAAAUAGGAGCAAACAUGGACCCACCAACUACAUUCCAGAACAAUUUUUAGAUGACUUUCUUCAUCUUGUUAUAUGGGGUCAUGAACAUGAGUGUAAAAUAGCUCCCACCCAAAAUGAACAGCAGCGUUUCUAUGUUUCUCAGCCUGGAAGUUCAGUGGUGACAUCUCUGUCCCCUGGAGAAGCUGUGAAGAAACACAUUGGUUUAUUGCAUGUUAAAGGGAAGAGUAUGAAAAUGGAGAAGAUUCCUCUAGAGACAGUGCGAAGUUUCCACAUGGAGGAUGUUGUUCUAGCUGAUUAUCCGGAUCUUUUUAAUCCAGACAAUCCUAAAGUAACUCAGGCAAUACAAGCAUUCUGCAUGGAGAAGGUUGAAAUGAUGCUGGAUAACGCAGAAAGGGAUCGUCUGGGAAAUCCACGCCAACCAGAGAAGCCUCUUAUAAGAUUACGAGUUGAUUAUACGGGAGGCUUUGAACCGUUCAGCGUCCAUCGUUUUAGCCAGAAGUAUGUGGAUAGGAUAGCUAACCCGAAAGACAUCAUACACUUUUUCAGGCAUCGUGAACAAAAAGAGAAGAACGAGAGUGAUCUUAAUUUUGGAAAACUGGUUAGGAGACCUUCUGAAGGGAUGACACUGAGAGUGGAGGACCUUGUAAAGCAGUACUUCCAGACAGCAGAGAAGAAAGUGCAGCUUUCACUUCUAACUGAAAGAGGAAUGGGAGAAGCAGUGCAGGAGUUUGUGGACAAAGAAGAAAAAGAUGCCAUAGAAGAGUUGGUGAAAUUUCAACUGGAAAAAACACAGAGGUUUCUUAAGGAGCGUCGCACUGAUGCAGAAGAAGAAAAAAUAGAUGAGGAGGUGCGAAAAUUUAGGGAGAGUAGAAGAAAGAAUGCUGAAGAAGAGGAUGAGGAAGUCCGCGAGGCAAUGACCAGGGCUAGAGCGCACAGGUCUGAGGAUACAAUUCUUGCCUCUGCCUCAAGUGAUGAGGAACUCAUGGAUACGGGGAUCAAAGCCCCUGGAGAUUCAGAUGAUGGCCUCCCUUCAACCGCAAGUCGAGGAAGGGGUCGGGGAAGAGGUAGGGCAAGAGGUGCAAGAGGACAAGCUUCGGCAGCAAGAGGAUCAUCUCAAAGGAGAAGAGGAAACACUAGCCAAGAACCAGCUACUAGUAGCAGAACAUACAAGCCUGUGUCUGUGCCUGCUAAGAACAUGUCUAUCGUGGAUGGUAUGUCUACA